AGAUAUUAUUUUUUAAUGGUUAAUCUCCGCCUCUAAAAAAGAUUGGCUUCCACAUAAUUAAAGGUUGGUAUCAACAGAGUUUGGUUAGACCCAAAUGAAGCAAGUGAAAUCAGUCUUGCAAAUUCAAGAAUGUCAAUUAGAAAAUUAAUUAAAGAUGGUUUGAUUAUAGCCAGAGCAAGAAGAUUCCUUGAAAGGCAAAGAGAAGAGGCAGACACACCGGUACUGGUAAGAGAAGAGGUACAAGAGAGGCAAGAAUGCCAACUAAAGUUCUUUGGAUCAGAAGACAAAGAGUUUUAAGAAGAUUGCUCAGAAAAUAUAGAGCUGCAAAGAAAAUCGACAGAUAAUAAUAUCAUGAAUUUUAUUUGGCUUCAAAAGGUAAUCAAUACAAAAACAAAAAAGUUCUUAUCGAGGCAAUUCAUGAAACUAAAUAAGAAAAAGUUAGAGUUGAUAAAAUCGAGAAGGAAUAAAAUGACAGAAGAGAAAAGAAUAAGGCUCAAAGAACCAAGAAAACCUAAAACAAAUUUGCUGCUGAAUGAUAUUUACAUAUUUAGUACAAUAAUCAAUAAAUUGUUAUCAUAUUUAUAUAAUGGAUUGUAUGGUGUUCUGGACAUCGAAGAUGGUCAAGUAUAUAUAGUGUAGUCAUUAAUUAAAUUAGGCGAUGAUUCCUAUUUUGUAUAUUAAAAAAAGAUUUAAAUUAAUUUUUAGACAAUGGCUGACCCAAAACAAUAACCUGUUCAAUAACCAAAAGGCAAAAAGGGAAAGAAAACUGGAGAAGAAACUACUUAAUAAGUUGUAGCUACUUUGGGACCAAAUGUGGCUGGAAAUGAAUUAGUAUUUGGAGUGGCUCACAUCUUAUCCACAUGGAAUGACACCUUUAUUCACAUCACCGAUUUGACAGGCAGAGAAACAUUAGCCAGAGUAACUGGUGGAAUGAAAGUUAAAUCAGACAGAGAAGAAUCGUCUCCAUAUGCAGCCAUGCAAGCAGCCAAAGAUGUUUAUGAGAAAUUGAAAACACUCAAAAUUAAUGCUUUGCAUAUUAAAUUAAGAGCAAGAGGAGGUGUUGACACAAGAUAACCAGGACCAGGUGCUUAAGCUGCAUUGAGAGCAUUGGCUCGUCUUGGACUUAAAAUUGGUAGAAUUGAAGAUGUUACUCCAAUUCCCACUGACUCUACAAGAAGACCUGGCGGUAGAAGAGGAAGAAGAUUAUGAAAAAGUAAAAUACACACAUACAGUAAAUAAUAUGUACAUAUUAAUUAAAAUA